AUGCUUAGGACUAAACUAUGGUCUGGACUAAGGGAUAGCAAUCUCCGUAAUGCCAGUCGUUACAAGUACGACAUCAUCAAUGACUUUGAGACAUUGAGAAGAGAGUUACGCACUAUUGAACUGGACUUAGAGCUGUCAUCAGUCCCUUCUUCUACAUCAACCGACAAGAAGAAAUCACAAGUAUCCAAGAUUGGAAAAGGAGAUGAUGAUUCAUCUUUGGAAAUGAUUCUGCAGAAACUAGAAGCUAUGGAUAAGAGACUUGGAGAUGUGGAGAAGGAAGUCAGACGAACAAACCCAAAAGACCAAAUACCUACAAGGUGUGACCAGAACAAUACUAGGAACUACAAUGGUACUGGAGACCGUGGACAAGCUGGUAGAGGUUAUCACCAUUAUGGUAGAGGUCAAGGUCAAUACAGAGGAGGAUAUAGAGGAGGAUAUAGAGGAGGAUACAGAGGCGGUGAUACUUAUGGCCAGUCCUAUCCCAACAGAGGAGGAUAUGGUGGAUACAGAGACAAUCGCCGCAGGGAUUUAAACCAAUAG